CAGCUCUGCUCGGUGUGGAGGAAGAAAGGGGGUUGGAGAGAAAAAGAGGGAAGGGUUGGAUGUUGCCCGGAGGGAUGAUCAAUUUCUCGGGUUGGAGAACCGAUUUCGAAUGUUCUCCGAUUUCACCCUCGAAAUAGAAACGAACAACGGACCGAUUCUUAAUCUAUAUUCCCCCCAACUCCAUUUUUUAAUCACAUCCUCCGAUUAUGGGACAAGGAUGAAAUGGAACGAGGCGAUCUAUCCACCCGAAUGAUUGCAAUCGAGGGGAAGAGAUCGAUCAAAUCACGAUAAUCGGAUUAUUCUCGACGAAAUAUCUCGAGGAAACCUUCUUACCCAUUCGAGGGAUCUUUUUUUAAAAAUAACGAAAAUCGUUAAAUGCGAUAACUGGAGAAGAAACUUUCCAACACAAAUAUAUAUGUGCACGUAUAAGCCCCUCCACUCGCCAACUUUCGACCAGCCUUCUUUCUUAUCAGCGGGGGUGGGGAUGGGAGAGAAAAGAAUAGCUAUUGGGCCCGAUCUUUCCGAUAAUCCAACGUUGGUAAUCCACUCGGGCGAAAGGGGUAGGUAUACGGACGGGACGACGCGAUUGGUCGAAGCUGGGCCCGAAAUUCGGUACAAAUUACGGGAAGAAAUGGCCGUAACUUCAGUUGUUCUUGGGCCAACGAGCAAUCGAACGGGGAAGAAAUUUUUGCCCCUUGGCUCGACGGCGAGAAAUUUAGAAACAAUUGCAAUGCUGGUGAAAAACGUGGAACCCUGUUACUUGCCGAUCUCGCCUGUGAGCGAGCAAUCCUCCAUGUCGCCCGGCAAUUGGAGCAUAUUUCAAGGCGGGGAUGUCGUCGCGUCCAACUUUGGAAAUGGGCAGAGCAACGUGGACGACAACAUGGACGGAUCGUCGACGAAUUUACGAGGGGAGAUGCAGAGACCGGUGCACGAUCAUCUACAAAUAAUGGCGGGGCAACAGAAUGGGGUUCAGGAGCGUAAAGGAUCAUCGACUUCUCAACAGGCGUAUAUAUCUCAAGGUGGGAAUCAAAAGAAGACGAAACGGUCCCGUACGGCGUACACGAGCGUCCAAUUGGUGGAGCUCGAGAAGGAGUUCACGGUGACGAAAUACCUGUGCCGGCCGCGCAGGAUCGAAUUGGCGAUCGCGUUGUCCCUGACCGAGCGCCAGAUCAAGAUUUGGUUUCAAAAUCGGCGCAUGAAGUACAAGAAGGAGCAACAACAAACGAAGCAGAACAAUACUCUUCAACGAAACGCAGAAGCGAGUUCAGGACAGGACGCAAGCGAUUCGGUGCAAGCAACAGCUCCCCCUACCGUCGAUAAUUCACUGAAAAACUGCGCGCAGAAGGAAUAUGUACAGAGCGUCGUGGAUCAACGUAACAACGCGGCUUUGGCUAAUAAUCAUAGGAGCGGCAACGUUGCAACGUCGCACGUUGCGCAAAACGUUGAUCAGAGUCUGCGUACGAAUUCGUGCGGCGGCCACGCGAAUUUAAUAGCGCAACAGUAUUGCCAGUUCGGCCAGUAUCAAUUACCGGCCAGCCAAUCGAAUUUCUUUAAUGUUCAAAGGGGACAGGAGAGGGAGGAGAACAUGGGCUACAGGCAAUAUUCUCAACAGUGGGACGAGCAGUAUCCCUGUGAUCCUGCUUUGCGGAAUUACGAGUGCGCCAGCAACGCUUUCGCCGUCGGGUUGACGUAUAAUUAUAAUAACACGCAGGGAACGGAAAUGAAUAAUUUCGAGUCGAACGGCUUCAAUUUCGUCCCGAGUAACAAUAUGAAUAAUCUGGACGAGAUUAUACGGGAAAGCGUGUAUCUCGAUAUUCAAAAUUUAUCCGACGACUUGAUACAAUUGUAAAUUCGAACGGCCGUGAAUCUCGCGUUAUUCCAAGAUUGAUGAUAUUAUGCUAAGAAUAGUGAUGUAAAUUAUUACAUUUCGUAAUAAUGUAUUUUCUUAAGAUUAUUACAAUUUAAUUUAUAAUUGUAAAAACUUAAUAAUAAUAAAAUGUCGUAAUCUUAUAACGUA